AUGACACAGCUGUUCAGUUCGUCCGGUUCUGGUGUUGGGUCAGAGAAACGUCAAUUCCCCAGCAUCUCCCUCCCCAGCAGAAAAAACACGGGCGAUUCGUCACACUUCCCCACGCGGCUGAAGAAUUUCUUUCGGAUCAACAGCUCCUCGUCCAAUAAUAACGCGAAUGCAAAUGGCAGCCAGCAAGGCGCUGGUACACCUGGUAUAAAGACAGAGAACAAACCCUUCAGACAGUCUCGAUUUCUCCCUACAAUUGGCCGGAAUCGCUCGACCACCGUCGCCAGUGAAGGUAACCAUCUCGAUGAAGGCGUCUCGCCAACCGCACAUGCAAAUCCUUAUUUCCAACACCAGGGCUAUCCGGCCUUAAGACACAGAAAUGAUGACAGUGGUCCUUCGUCACCCCCAGAUACUCCAGAGUUGCAGGUUGAGGGUGUGCCGGCAUCAGACCAAGUCACCUCCGCUGGAAAAGAAGAACUUGCCAGGAAAUUGAGGAGAGUUGCGUCCGCACCAAAUGCUCAGGGCCUAUUUGCUAGUAAUGGCUCGGACGAUCGCCCAAAAACUGCUGAGCUGGGAAAAGAGCCUUUAAUUGCAUCAGGAGGCGCAUCACCAAAGCUUAGUUUUGUUGAUAAGCCCAAGUCAGAGGAUAUUUCUCCCCCAGACGCAGACCGCGUGUCAGCACUUUCAGCUCCCCGAAGCUUUGUCAAUUGUAGGCGCACGUAUAGCUCGAAUUCUAUCAAAGUGCGAAAUGUCGAAGUUGGGCCUGGGAGCUUCGAUAAGAUUAAAUUGAUUGGGAAGGGUGAUGUUGGUAAGGUGUAUUUGGUACGCGAGAAAAAGUCGAACAGACUGUAUGCUAUGAAAGUUUUGAGCAAGAAGGAGAUGAUCAAACGAAAUAAGAUCAAGAGAGCUUUGGCGGAACAAGAAAUUCUUGCCACCAGUAACCACCCUUUUAUUGUCACACUAUACCAUUCUUUCCAGUCAGAAGACCAUCUUUACCUUUGCAUGGAAUAUUGUAGCGGUGGAGAAUUCUUCAGAGCUCUUCAAACACGGCCUGGAAAAUGCAUUCCUGAAGAUGAUGCGCGCUUCUAUGCGGCUGAAGUCACUGCUGCUUUAGAGUACCUUCACCUUAUGGGCUUCAUUUACCGUGACCUCAAGCCUGAGAAUAUUUUACUUCACCAAUCAGGACAUAUCAUGUUAUCAGACUUUGAUCUUUCAAAACAGUCAGGCCCCGGCGGUGCACCAACCAUGAUCGUUGGCCGCAACGGAACAUCCUCAUCCUCUUUACCUACAAUCGACACCAAAUCGUGUAUUGCUAACUUUCGAACCAAUUCUUUUGUUGGGACAGAGGAAUAUAUUGCCCCUGAAGUCAUCAAAGGCGAUGGGCAUACAAGCGCAGUUGACUGGUGGACCUUAGGUAUCCUAAUCUAUGAAAUGCUGUACGGCACCACGCCUUUCAAAGGUAAGAAUAGAAAUGCAACUUUCGCCAAUAUCUUAAGGGAUGAAGUACCAUUCCCAGACAACGGGAGUGCCCAGCAGAUCUCAAACCUAUGUAAAUCGAUUAUCCGCAAACUGCUUAUUAAAGAUGAAACCCGUCGACUUGGUGCCCGUGCAGGUGCAUCUGAUGUCAAAACACAUCCUUUCUUUAGAACCACGCAGUGGGCGCUUAUUCGACACAUGAAGCCCCCCAUGAUCCCUCAUCAAGGCCGUGCUAUUGAUACUGUCAACUUUCGCAACGUCAAAGAGAGUGCAAGUGUUGAUAUCAGCGGUUCCAACAAUCUCAAAGGUGUCCCGAUGGAUUCUGGACUCGCAACUCCAGGCGAGCAAGCCCCGGACCCCUUUGAGGAUUUCAAUAGUGUUACUCUUCACCACGACGGCGACUAUCAUGGACAGCUGGCUGAUGAGAGUUUGCAAGGGUACCGAGCCUAA